AUGGCAAAAGAACAUGACAUUUUGCUUAAAGCACUCAAUGAUGAACAAAUUCAUGUAUAUCAGGAUAUCAUGACAGCAGUUGUUUCAAACAACGGAGGAUUCUUCUUUUUAUAUGGCUAUGGUGGUACAAGUAAAACUUUUAUGUGGAAGACAUUGUCAGCUGCUCUAAGAAGUAAGGGCAUGAUUGUUUUGAACGUAACAUCAAGUGGAAUUGCUUCUUUACUACUUCCUGGUGGAAAAACAGCACACUCUACCUUCUGCAUCCCACUAUUAAUUAAUGAUGAAUCAACGUGCAACAUAGCUCAAGGUAGUCUCCAUGCUAAACUUCUCAUGGCAACCAAUUUAAUUAUCUGGGAUGAAGCACCAAUGAUGAAUAGAAUGUGCUUUGAGGUAUUUGAUAGAACACUAAGAGAUAUUAUGCGAAAUGUUGAUGAUGCCAAUAAUGACAAACCAUUUGGUGGCAAAGCAGUUGUCUUGGGAGGUGACUUUAGACAAAUUCUACCCGUUAUCAAGAAAGGAUUUAGGUUUGAUAUCAUCAAAUCAGCAAUCAACUAUUCAGAGUUAUGGAAUUGUUGUAAAGUGCUCAAACUGUCCAAGAACAUGAGAUUAAGUACUACAACAAACAAUCAAACAGCCAAUGAUAUCAAAGAAUUUGCUGAUUGGAUAUUGAAAAUUGGAGAUGGACAAAUGGAUGUAAAUGAAAAUGGUGAGUGCAUGGUUGAAAUUCCAAAAGAGCUGCUGAUUAUAAAUACAGAUCUACCUUUAUUGUCAUUGGUUGAAUUUGUCUAUCCUCAAUUUGUGGUUAACAUGAUGAAGCCUAAUUAUUUUGAUGAUGGAGCAAUCUUGUGCCCAACUAAUGAUUCUGUAGAGCAAGUCAAUGAUUUCAUGUUGUCUUUAUUAGGUGGUGAAGAGGUCACUUAUUUAACUUCAGAUACACCUUGCCAAUCUGAUGAACAAGAUGAAGUUCAAUCUGAAUGGUUUACAUCUGAAUUUUUAAAUGAUAUCAAAUGUUCAGGGAUACCAAAUCAUAAACUCAAGCUCAAAACAGGUGUGCCAAUUAUGCUCUUGAGAAAUAUUGAUCAAGCAAAAGGUCUUUCCAAUGGCACAAGAUUGCAAGUCAACCAUUUGGGUAAAAAUGUAAUCUCUGCAACUGUAAUUACUGGAAAAAACAUUGGUGAUAGAAUUUUUAUUCCAAGAAUGGAUUUAGUGCCAUCUGAUUCAGGAUUGUCUUUCAAAUUUCAAAGAAGACAGUUCCCAAUUUCCUUAUGCUUUGCAAUGACGAUUAACAAAAGUCAAGGACAAACACUUUCUAGAGUGGGACUUUAUCUUCCACAACCUGUAUUCACACAUGGCCAACUAUAUGUUGCUAUUUCUAGAGUCAAAACCAAGAGAGGAUUGAAAAUACUUAUAUUGGAUGAAAAUGGAAAUAUCACAAACACGACUAAAAAUGUUGUGUACAAAGAAAUUUUUGAAACUCUUUGA